AAUGGUUUUUCUGACACGAUCGCACGGUUUCUUAAUUCGAUUAUAUGCUUAGUAAUACCGGAACCGGCUCGAGAGCCGGGGCAUUGCCUUGUUGUCGGCGGCCCCAAAACUUUACAGAUGGAAUUGAUAACCAAUAGAAAAUUGGUGAGCCCUACGAUCUCCGGCUUCUCGCUCGCAUUUUUCACCUAAUUCGGCAGGUGGUAACUGUGGUUUUACCAUAUCUACGUCGCCAAUUUAAAUUGUUAUAUAAAGCCCACCAAAUAACCCCAAAGGUCCAAUUUUUCUGUCCACUGCAACUGAAAUGUACGUUCCACAAUUGGCAUUUUUAACUGUUUGGUCGGCUUGGAUGAACCAGGUCCAGCCCAAGGCCAACGACUCUCCUCAAGAUGUGUACAUUGCCAAGUUUUCCGAUCCUAAUAAAGUCAACGGGUUUGUGCAAUUUACAGGUUUACAAAACGGCUCGAUUUCGGUCUCAUUCGAUUUACAUGGAUUUCCCCAAACUGGAGGCCCAUUUAUGUACCAUGUUCAUCAAGCUCCAGUUCCUGUAGAUGGUGAUUGCAUGGGAACUUUACUUCACUUGAAUCCCUACAAUGGUAACAUCAACAAUCCAAAUGCCAAUGAAAAGGAAAUUGGAGAUUUGAGCGGGAGAUAUGGUUUAUUGGCUGGUGAUAGUAAACAGACUUACGUCGAUGAAUACCUUUCAUUGAAUCCAGAGUCUUUGGCGUACAUUGGAGGAAGGUCUGUGACCGUUCACUUGGCUGAUAACUCUCGUAUUGCCUGUGCCAACAUCACUCAAGUCGAUGCUUCGUCGUUGUUCUAGUUGGCGCGCUUUCAUAGUUAGUAUCGAAAUUGCAUUUGGGUGAAAUGUAAAUUUUCCCAGAAUCCU